GGAGAGUAUAAACCACAGAGCGUUUUGACACCACACAGAGCAGAAAUGUCAACAUGGCAUCAACUCAAGGUUCCUCAUCUUAACUUCUCUUAUAUAUUUUAAUGUCAGUGGGAAAUCUCCAAGACUCUUCAGAAUGUUCAUAAUUAUCUCUAUAAUACUCCUGUCCUCUGGGUGGAGCAGUUGUGUCGCAGGUGCUCCAGAAUUAGGAGAACCUUAUUGUGUCAGUGGCUAUUGUGUUCAACUCAGUAAAUACGACGUUACUGCAGAGGCUGGACUGUGUGCAGUCAUACACUGCUCUUUUGAAACCCCUUCAAGCUUUUAUCCCAAAAGUCUGGUCUGGUACAAAUGUGAGGCUCCCAGAUGUACUGAGUCUGAUAUAAUAUUCCACUCCAAAAACAAAGAGAAGAUCCAGUCCAGUUUUUCUGAGCGAGUGUCACUGUUGGAGCCAGAUCUAAAUGAUAGAAACUGCAGCAUCAUCAUCAAUGACCUGGACCCCUCUGACUCUGGCUCAUAUCAGCUCAGAGUCAAUAGUUACAAUACUGGAUGGACAUUCAGCCCUAAAGCCAAACUCUCUGUCACAUCUCUGCAGCAGAAGCCCACAAUACAGGCUCCUCCUCUCACAGAGGGACAGAACGCCUCUCUCACCUGCACCGCUCCUGGACUCUGCUCUGGAUCUGAGCCCAUCAUCACAUGGACAUGGAGAGGAGCGGGACAGAAGGGCCCGCCCAACAUCACCACGGCCACCACUCCCAGACUGACAGCUGUCAGUCACAGACACAGCUCCACUCUGGAGCUGAGUCCUUCAGCCGAGCUUCACAGAGCUGAGCUCACCUGUACUGUCACUUUUAAUAACAAGCACUCGACACAGGACACUGUCAGGCUCAAUGUGACAUAUGUGAAGGACAUAGAAGUCAGUGGUAACUCCACUGUACAGGAGGGAGACACUCUGGAUGUGACCUGCAGAGUGGACAGUUUCCCUCCCUCUCAGGUGCUGUGGUAUGGACCCAACACAACCAAUCUAAAUGUGUCAGAAAACACUGAGAGGUCCAGACAAACUGAUCUGGGAUCAGCUUCACUGCUCCUCUAUAACGUGACCCAGGCACAGUCUGGACAGUACCUGUGUGAGGCUGUCCAUGUGAGCAGCACUCAGACCAGACUCAUCAACAUCUCUGUUAUAUACGUGAGAGAGCCUGUGAUAUCUGGAAACACAAGUGUAGUAGAGGGCAGUGAGCUGAGUCUGACCUGCACAGUGGAUAGCUUCCCCGCAUCUAACAUCACUCUGGGAGGACGAGGGAUCUACUUCACUGUAAACUCUGCCCAUACGAAGGCAGGAUCAGUCAGUCUGGUUAUCUCCAACAUGACUGUAGAUGAUGCAGGACGUUAUGAGUGCACAGUGGAACAUGAGCUCCGGACUCUGAACACAUCAGUGGACGUCACAGUGUUCUGGAAGCCCCACAUCCUGAACUCCUCUGGCUGUGUGUAUAACGGGGAGGUGCUGAGCUGUGUGUGUGUGACUCGGGCCUCUCCUGUCCCCUCGGUCACAUGGACUCUGCUCCAGGACCAGUCUGAGUACUCGCUGGUUACCAUGGUGACAGGAGACACAGUCAACAGCAGCUUCGUCCUCAGAGGGACAGGCCACAACAGAACACAAGUCCAAUGUGUGAGCAGCAACAGAGCAGGGCAGGUCCAGGAGUAUUUCACUCCCUCCAUCACCUCUGACACAGAAGAACCCCCUGUUGGACCUAAAAAUAUAAUGCAGGUUGUCUCCAAGCUUGAAGUCAUAAUUGGCUUUCUGACUGGGUUUAUACUAGCAGCUGUUCUGUGCUGUUUGGUCAUCAAAUACCGCAGGAGGAAACAGAACAAUGAUUUUAAAGAUGGUGAUAUUACAGAGACUUUGGAAAUGGUGAAUGAGGUGGAGGAGCCAGAGCUCAACUACGACAUGGUAGAAGUGUCCAAGGCUAACACUGAACUAGAAGAAUUACACUACGCUCGUAUCAACUUCUCCGCCAUGACACCAACAAAACAGAGGGAGAGAUUGACGAGAGAAGAUACAACCAAUACGGAGUAUGCAGAAAUCAAAAGAGAAACAGCCGAACAGAGGCAAGACAUGGAUGAAGAGACGGAAGACAUCCCAGAGGAGCAGGAGGAGGCUGACAUGUCAAACCAAAGUGUCCCAGAGCAGGAGCAGCAAGAACAAGUCUAUUCCAAUGUGAAGGAAAUAAUGGAUGACGAAUGAAGUGCAUUUGAGCAUAUGUUACAGUGUUGGCUAAGUUAGCAAUUUAUGGAAAAAAAACAUUCAUUUAAAUCAAACUAAAUUACUGUUUUCCAAAAAAUGAUCUUUUCUUAAAUAAGUUUCAGUUUUUACAAGUAAAUAAGUUGUGUUAUGGAUGAAUGAUGUGGCUGUGGAAGUUAUCGCUUGCUGAUUCUCUUCUUUCAUGCAUUGGGAGUAUUUAUUUUGUAAAUAAAAUGCAUUUAUACAUUUU